GAGCCGGGGAGGGGCGGCCGCGUUUGCCUUCCUUUCAUGCAGCCCGACCUCCCAUCUAUUGCGUGCUGCGGCGGCCGUUUGGGGAGAGCGGAAACGAGCGAGGCCGCCGUGCGGGAAGGAACGCCGCCGUGGAGCCCCGGCCGAAGUUUAAAAUGGCUUCAUGGGUCAAGGUAACCACAGAUCAAGCACCGACACCCAUUGCAGAAAAGAGGCAAAGACCCGGAUGGAUCCCACGACUUCUGGACAUAAAUCCCUACAAAACAGUUCAGAAGAGCACUUACCCUCCUCCGGAUGGGUAUUCAAAGGACUAUGAAGAUACUAACAGCUUUGAAGAACUUUUCGGGCAGCAGUAUCACCCAUCAACAGGGAAUGAAGAUAAGUACGAGAGAUAUCAGUACUCCCAAAAAGAUGACGAUUUCUCUAAGGAUAUUCACCGGGAUAAGCUGUACUUGCAGUUCUACCAACAGCUAGAAAAGGAGUUCGAUAAAGACAGACCUUCAGACUGUGUCAUUGUCUCCAUCAGCAAGGAUCAAGCGGAAUACUCAACAGCCAUAGGCCAUCGGUUGCAGGAUCAUGGCCUUGUGGUGGAAAUGAUAUACCUUACAUCUGAAUCAGGUCUCACGCGUGCCCUCCAAGAAGUUAAAAAUGAUGGUUCCCCAUUUUGCGUUCUUGUUGAACCAUCCAAUGUAGCACUCUGCUCUUGCACCGUAAUCAUGCUUCAUCAGUCUAUCAAAAUACACCGUAAUAUGCCCAUGGAGGAUGCAUUGGCUCUGAUAGCUAAAGAGUAUGAGAAAAUUUUUGCGGACCGCGAACAACAAGAACGCGCAGAGAUCUCACACAAAGCAGCUGAUCUGGCGGAUGACUACCUAGAACGGGAGCUCUGUGAGAGUUACCACGUGCCGCUAGGGAUUAGACAUCUCCUCUUUCUGUUAAGUGAGGGCAAACAUUUAUUCCUGGAAGAACUGAAUUCCAUAAGUGACUACCUGAAGACCAGGAGAAAUAAGCUUGAAGGCUUUGUUGCAGAGCCCGUUCCUUUACCGUCCGCCGUUGAAGAUGCCGUCUUCCCACCGAGUGCCAGGCCGAGCACUAGCGCCCUCCCGCAGACCCUGAGUAAACCUCCACCUCUUCUUCCGACACCCAGCCGAAAUUCAGCGAUGGGCCAGUCUGCCGUGGUACCUGCGGCUAAGCCUGCUUUGUUGGGUGACAGGCCUUUGGGGGGUCGUCUUCCAGCACCAGGCCCCAAAGGUAAGCCACCGCCUCUUCUAACCCAGUCUGCUAAGAGACCAAUCGUCCUGGGUCCUUCAUCACACCUGCCGGCAAAGCGGCCACUGCUUGGGAGACCCGGCCUGCUGCCAACACCAGCUCAGGCAAGAUCAGCGCAGCACCACUGGGUACCCAAGCCAAAGUUCCUGGCUUGACUGGACGUCCAGAGGAAUAAUGCAAUAAACAGCAAACCCCGACGGAGACGACCCUCUUCCAAGACAGCAGAGCUUGACACAGUGUGUGUUAUUAGUACACCGGGCAAGUCUAAGCACGUAUCAUUUUCUGUUGUACACAUUCCUAAGAACUUUUUUUUUUUUCCUGAAGUGGAAGAGUGAAAAUAGAUGUUUGUGGAAAGGUCAGCUAUUGUAGAUGCUCAAUACUAACGUUUUAAAUCGAUGUUAUCCCAAAAUAA